AAGUUUCUCCUGGAUGCGCAGAACAGUCACUUGUUGCUCCAGGCUGGGUGUAGGUGUUCGUAGCUUCCUGAAAUCUAUAACACCAUGUCCCUCAUCAACGGGAUGUCACCAGCAGAGUCCUCGCCUUCACCUCAGGCCCCAGCAGGAGUGUUGGGGUGCAAAUGUGUCGGGGGCAAUCCGCUCCCACCACUUCACCAUCAGGAAACCUACGAGGACAGAAAAGCUCAGCUCCUGCACCUGGCCAGAGAGAGAAGGUCGUCCUCGUCAACAGGUCACGAGAAGUGUCCCUUCCAUUUCGACCUUGAGCUGGACCACAAGCCACCCACCCGUGAGGACAUCAUCCCAGAGCUGGCUAAUAGCUACCGCUCUCUCCUCAAGGGUCUGGGCGAGAACCCUGAGAGGGAGGGCCUUCUCAAGACCCCUGUCAGGGCUGCCAAGGCCAUGCUGUACUUCACUAAAGGCUACGACCAGACCAUCGACG